GCUUCAGUGUGCCUUUUGUUGUUGUGUUCAGAGCUCCAGAGGAAGAGAAGAUCUAGAGCAAGAGAGAGGAAAUGGAGGGCAAGGAAGAAGAUGUUAAGCUCGGAGCUAACAAAUUCUCUGAGAGGCAGCCCAUAGGGACUGCUGCACAGACAGAUAAGGAUUACAAGGAGCCACCCCCAGCUCCUCUGUUUGAGGCUGGAGAACUGCAAUCGUGGUCUUUCUGGAGAGCAGGAAUUGCAGAGUUCAUGGCUACUUUCCUCUUCCUUUACAUCACUAUUUUGACUGUCAUGGGUGUUAAAAGAGCUCCCAACAUGUGUGCCUCUGUGGGUAUUCAAGGGAUCGCUUGGGCUUUUGGGGGUAUGAUCUUUGCCCUUGUCUACUGCACUGCUGGUAUCUCAGGAGGACACAUCAACCCAGCUGUGACCUUCGGUUUGUUCCUUGCAAGGAAGCUAUCUCUGACUAGGGCACUGUUCUACAUGGUGAUGCAAUGCCUUGGAGCCAUCUGUGGUGCUGGUGUUGUGAAAGGCUUCCAAAAGACUCAAUACCAGAUGUUGGGUGGUGGAGCCAACGAAGUCAGCCAUGGCUACACCAAGGGUGAUGGUCUUGGUGCUGAGAUCGUUGGUACCUUCGUCCUCGUCUACACCGUCUUCUCUGCAACCGACGCCAAGAGAAGUGCCCGUGACUCCCACGUCCCCAUAUUGGCUCCACUUCCAAUAGGGUUUGCAGUGUUCUUGGUGCACUUGGCAACCAUCCCUAUCACAGGAACAGGCAUCAACCCAGCUAGGAGUCUUGGAGCAGCCAUCAUCUACAACACAGACAAGGCUUGGGAUGAUAUGUGGAUCUUCUGGGUGGGUCCCUUCAUUGGAGCUGCUCUUGCUGCGGUGUACCACACGAUCAUCAUCAGGGCCAUGCCAUUCAAAUCUAGGGCUUAAAUAAAAUCAUGCCAUCUUCAUUAUUUUUAUCAAGAGAAAUGAAUCAUGACCAA